UGAGAGGACGUGUCGUGUCACCAGUGUUGCGCUACCGUGUAAAUAGUGAUCACGAAACCAAAAAAAAAAAUCGUGAUAGUGCCGUGCUGAUGGGAAUUUGUGAAACAUAAGUGAUAAGCCAGAAUAUCUGGUGUUUGUGCGCACCUCGCAAAGUAACAGUUGACUUAUCAGAACGAUGUGCGAUUUUAUUUUGCUUAGAAUAAAAUCAUGAGCUGAUGUUUUGAAAGAAUAUUUCUUAGUUGAGUUUGCGCAGCAUGAGUCGGUGGAGGUCCCGGUUCUGCUGCUGUAGUGCGCGGGCGCGGGCGUGAUGUCGCCCGGCGCGCCCCCCGCGUGGCCCAACACCGCGCCCCCCGUGUGGCCACCCGCCAUGCCGCCGCACAUCGCACUGCUACUUGUGCUGUGCCUCGUGCGCUGUGACACCAAGACCUUGCUGCAGGACAAGCUAGCUGGCGUGAGGACGGUGGACGUGCAGGCGGUGGAAGGCAUGGUGGCGCAGUUCCCCUGCGACCUCGGCACCGCCGCCAACGACAAGGUCUACAUGGUCUUCUGGUUCAGGGACGACGCCGGCAUUCCGCUCUACAGCUUCGACGUACGCGGCAAGCAUCUGUCAGAGGCGCGGCACUGGUCCGCGCCGGAGGUAUUCGGGCCGCGCGCGCACUUCUCCACUUCGCCGCCACCCGCCGCGCUGCUCGUGCGCGACGUGAAGCGACGCGACGAGGGCGUCUACCGUUGCCGCAUCGACUUCCGCAACACGCAGACCACCAGCUUCCGAUACAACCUCACCGUCGUCGUGCCUCCGGAGAAGCCGGUCGUGGUAGACCGGUGGGGGCGCAUCAUCAAUACUACGACGCUCGGCCCGCACGAGGAGGGCGACGACGUGCUACUCACCUGCCGGGUGCUCGGAGGUCGCCCGGAACCAUCGGUGCGGUGGCUAGUGAACGGUGUGCUGGUGGACGAGGAGUACGAGCACAACACAGGCGAUGUUAUCGAAAACCGGUUGCUAUGGCCGGCCGUGCGCCGCGCCGACUACGCCGCCGUCUUCACCUGCCAGGCCGCCAACUCACAUCUCGUGCCACCCAAGGAGCUUUCCCUAGUGCUGGAUAUGUUUUUGCGGCCGCUCACCGUGGAGAUCCGGCGGCCGGCGCAGGUGGGCGAGGGGGGUGAGCUGACGGCGGAGCGCCGCUACGAGGUGGCCUGCGAGUCCGCCGGCAGCCGCCCGCCCGCGCUCCUCACCUGGCACAAGGGCAAGAGGCAACUCAAACGAAUCACGGAGGAGCUGCGGGACAACCUGACCGUGAGCGUGAUGAGCUUCGUGCCGACGCUGGACGACGACGGCAAGCCGCUCGUGUGCCGCGCGCAGAACCCAAACGUCUCCGCGCUCUUCCUCGAGACCUCCUGGCUAAUCAGCGUCGUUUACCCUCCGGUGGUGCGCUUGCGGUUGGGCAGCUCGCUGGCGGCGGGCGACAUCAAAGAGGGUGACGACGUGUACUUCGAGUGCCACGUGCGUGCCAACCCCCCCGCGCGCAAACUCUCCUGGCUGCACGACGACCUGCCGCUGGUGCACAACGCGUCCGCACGUGUAUUCCACAGCAACCAGAGCCUCGUGCUGCAGAAGGUGACGCGCCGGAGCAGCGGCCGCUACGCCUGUUCCGCGCUCAACGCUGAAGGCGAGACAGUCUCCAACGAGCUAUACUUCAGAGUUAAGUACGCGCCGUCGUGCCGCAGCGGUGGCGUUGCGGUGGUUGGCGCGGCGCGCGGUGAGUCCGUGGUGAUCGUGUGCGAGGUGGACGCCGACCCGCCCGCAGCCGUCUUCAAGUGGAAGUUCAACAACUCCGGAGAAACGCUGGACGUCGCCGCCGACAGAUACACCUCCAACGGAAGCGCCUCCAGCCUCAAGUACACCCCAGUAGCGGACCUGGACUACGGCACGCUGUCAUGUUCCGCAUCCAAUGAAGUCGGCAGCCAACUCGCCCCCUGCGUCUUUCAAAUGGUGGCUGCAGGCAAGCCGCACGCGCCGCGCAACUGCUCGCUGUGGAACCAGACGGCGGACUCAGUGGAGGUGUCUUGUGCCCCGGGCUUCGACGGUGGUCUGCCGCAGCGCUUUCUACUCGAGCUUUAUUCCGGGGACGACACCGUGCCCAGAGUGAACCUGUCGUCGUCGGAGCCCGUGUGGACGGUGCGCGGCCUGGAGUGGGAUGUGCGCUUCCGGCUGGCCGCCGUGGCCGUCAACGCCAAGGGCCGGUCGCCGCCCGCGCUGCUCGAUGAUGUGCUCUUCAGGGAUCCCGAGAAACGAACAGCAUCGGAGAGCGGGCUAGGCGCGGGCGCAGCGGGCGCGGCGAGCGCCGGUGCGGCGGGAGCUGGCGCCGCGCUCGCUCUGCUG